AUGGUCCACCUCGCCACCGUCCGCAAAGACGACGACGUCGCUGCCGUCACCGACGGCGUGGCGGGCGUCCAGCUGGAGAACGACGAAUUCCUGACGAGCGUGUACGGCACUCGCUUUGCGGCCACGGAGCUGCCGCAGAACGAGAUGCCCGAGCGGGAGAUGCCCCGUGAGGUUGCCUAUCGGAUGAUCAAGGAUGAACUCAGUCUGGACGGGAACCCGAUGCUCAAUCUUGCGAGUUUCGUCACCACGUAUAUGGAAGAUGAGGCCGAGAAGCUCAUGACCGAGUCGUUCAGUAAGAACUUCAUCGACUACGAAGAGUACCCGCAGUCGGCGGAGAUUCAGAACCGAUGCGUCAACAUGAUUGCCCGUCUGUUCAACGCCCCCACGGACAGCGACUCGGACCACGCCAUGGGCACCUCCACCAUCGGCUCCUCCGAGGCCAUCAUGCUGGGCACGCUCGCCAUGAAGAAGCGCUGGCAGAACAAGCGCAAGGCCGAGGGGAAGGACUACUCCCGUCCCAACAUCAUCAUGAACAGUGCCGUCCAGGUCUGCUGGGAGAAGGCCGCCCGCUACUUCGAUGUCGAGGAGAAGUAUGUCUAUUGUACCGAGGAUCGCUAUGUCAUUGAUCCCAAGGAGGCCGUUGAUCUCGUCGAUGAGAACACCAUCGGUAUCUGUGUCAUCCUUGGCACCACCUAUACGGGCGAGUAUGAAGAUGCCAAGGCCAUCAACGAUCUUUUGAUCGAGCGCGGAUUAGACUGCCCUAUUCAUAUCGAUGCCGCUAGCGGUGGCUUCGUCGCCCCCUUCGUCGCCCCCAACCUCGAGUGGGACUUCCGUCUGGAGAAGGUGGUCUCGAUCAACGUCUCCGGCCACAAAUAUGGCCUGGUGUACCCGGGCGUGGGCUGGGUGGUGUGGCGGUCGCCCGAGUACCUGCCGCAGGAGCUGGUGUUCAACAUCAACUACCUGGGUGCAGAGCAGGCGAGUUUCACCCUUAACUUCUCCAAGGGUGCCUCGCAGGUGAUCGGCCAGUACUACCAGAUGAUCCGCCUGGGCAAGCACGGCUACCGCUCCAUCAUGACCAACCUGACCCGUGUGGCAGACUACCUGUCUGCCCAGCUGACGGAGCUGGGCUUCAUCAUCAUGAGCCAGGGUGGUGGCAAAGGGCUACCCCUUGUUGCCUUCCGGCUGCCCGCCGAGCGCGAUACACAAUACGACGAGUUCGCUCUCGCCCACUCGCUGCGCGAGCGCGGCUGGGUGGUCCCCGCGUACACCAUGGCGCCUCACAGCGGCAGCCUCAAGAUGAUGCGUGUGGUUGUCCGUGAGGACUUUUCCCUGAGCCGCUGCAACCUCCUGCUGCAGGACAUCCGCCUUGCUCUCAAGACCCUGGAUGCCAUGGACAAGGACAUGGUGGAGAAGUACACUUCGCACGUCCAAGCCCACGGCAUCAACUCGCACAAGGCCCGCCACAACCACCCGCACUACAAGGGCGAGAAGCACUCUCUGCAGGGCAAGACGGGCAAGACCCAUGGAAUUUGUUAG